GAUAGGCUACAUUUGACGGAGGUCCCCUGCAUUUGUGCUGUGACCACAACCCUGUGGUGUGUCACAGUCAUUGAUUUUACAAAGCGACGCCACGGUAGACUCUAAAAAGGGAAAUGUGUGGAUAGCGUCCCAGCACCUGCCCCGCGUGGAUUUAAUGACCAACUAAGUCCCUUUUCCAUACUAAACAAGAAUGGCAUUUGUAUCUGAGAACAGGGAAAGAGACGAGCAUUUGAGUAACUGAUUAAUAUAACAAUGAAAAACUUUAUUGUAGAAGUAUUCUGCCUUUUGUGGUCCUCCUGGAAAAGCUGGACAAAUUCGGAGACCGAUUUCCCUCCGAUCCGUCACUGUGUGCUCGUGCGCCGUUCCUCCUCCUGCGCGCGCUCCAUCACAGGCGCACCUCGUCCCUCUCCAUCACGCACACCGCCGGUGUAGUGGAACGCACUUGUGUGUGGUUUCUGACUACUCUUCUGAAGUCUUGGGAGUUUGGGCAUCACAGUCAUGUUGUUUAGUUACGGUGCGCGCGCACAGCACUCCUCUGGAUCGCAGAUUGGGCGCGAGGAGGAGGACGCUGUGGAUGGGGCAAGUCUCAGGCUGAUCUCUUUACAGUAAAUUAACUAAUUGUCACUGUACAAGCGAUGGACCGCUAAUAUUCCGCGUGCGUAACUUUACCGCCAUGACUUGUAGCAAACUCGCAGUUUUUACAGUGGUCUUGUCGUUUACUUGAGGUCACUUUGAACUGUCAUUUCGGGAAGUGAUGCCAGUUCAGUAGCGGCUCUCUUUCAGAGCUCCGCUGUGCUUUUGGAUUCAGUGCAUGAGAUUUUUGUCGCUAAUUUGGAAUCAAGUUUAGUUCAUAACAAUGUCAGGUAAAAUGCGCGUUUUAAUGCAGCAUAGAAAGUGUCCGAGUGUUUCAAAUUUUUACUUUGGCGACUUGAUUUACAGAUAACUGUUAAAUUGUGCUUAAGAAUCAGGCCAGCUGCAGAGCACAGUGAUGGUAGACUUGUAAUCCUGAGCCGGCUAUGACUACUUCCAAACUUCUUACGUAGUUUGAGGUGCACAUUGAAAGAUGUUAGGAAGCCCGUCCAACAACGGCGGCAUCAGGAUGCUAGCUCCUCCGGCUCCAAACGAUGACAGGCGUGUGGAGUUCGUCGCUCUGACCGCUGUCCACACUGAGAGAAGCGAGCCGUCCACGCCGGAGCGAGGCCACCCGUCUCACCGCACCGGUCUGCUUGGGACUCCGUUGCCCGGACCCCCAGGACCUCGGGCCAGCACCUCCGCCUCCAGCAAGAGAUACAGAAAGUUACAGAACUGCCUGUACAACGUGCUGGAAAGACCACGAGGAUGGGCAUUUAUCUACCACGCAUUCAUUUUCUUGCUGGUGUUCAGCUGCCUGGUACUGUCUGUCUUCUCCACCAUCCCAGACCAUCAGAAAAUGGCCAACCAGGGUCUCUUCAUCCUCGAGUUUGUGAUGAUCGUGGUAUUUGGUCUGGAGUACUUUAUCAGAAUCUGGGCGGCCGGCUGCUGCUGCAGAUACAGAGGAUGGCAGGGUCGUCUAAGAUUUGCCAGGAAACCCUUCUGUGUUAUAGAUUUCAUUGUAUUUGUGGCAUCAUUGGCAGUGAUAGCAGCUGGGACACAGGGUAACAUUUUUGCCACCUCAGCACUGCGAAGUAUGCGUUUCCUGCAGAUCUUGCGUAUGGUUCGUAUGGACAGACGAGGAGGCACCUGGAAACUACUGGGCUCAGUGGUGUAUGCUCACAGCAAGGAGUUAAUAACGGCCUGGUACAUAGGAUUCCUGGUCCUGAUCUUUGCCUCGUUCCUGGUCUACUUGGCAGAGAAAGACAAUAACUCAGACUUCAACACCUAUGCAGACUCCCUCUGGUGGGGGACUAUUACUCUGACCACUAUUGGCUACGGUGACAAGACCCCUCGGACGUGGCAGGGACGUCUCCUGGCAGCGGGCUUUGCUCUUCUCGGGGUCUCCUUCUUCGCCCUGCCUGCUGGGAUUCUAGGGUCAGGAUUUGCUCUGAAAGUCCAAGAGCAGCACCGACAGAAGCACUUUGAGAAAAGGAGGAUGCCUGCUGCUAACCUUAUACAGGCGGCAUGGCGACUCUACUCUACAGAUGCCAAGCACUCAUAUCUAACAGCCACAUGGUACUUCUAUGACAGCAUGUUACCCUCAUUCAGAGAACUGACGCUACUGUUCAGUCAUCUUCAGCGGCAGCGUAACAACAAGAAGGUUCUUCACAACUCCUACCACACGCUGCUGUCUGGGCUCCGGCCCUACAGCUCCCCCUACCUGUCGGGGGACAGUGGGAAAAUGGGUUUCCGGGAUCGUAUCAGGAUGAACAAUUCGCGAUCCUCUCAGGCUCUUCGGAAUAAAGCCUCACCGCUGCCUCCGAGCUCUGGGGUGCGGCGCUCGCCCAGUCAGGAGAACGUUCCAGAGGCCACCAGCCCAGGGAAGGUCCAGAAAAGCUGGAGCUUCAAUGAUCGCACACGGUUUCGUACUUCACUACGACUCAAGCCACGCCCACCUGCUGAUGUGGAGGGGGUUGGUGAGGACAAUGUGGAAGACAAGUCGUAUUGUGAUGUGGCCAUGGAUGAGGUCAUUCCUGCAGUGAAGACUCUCAUACGAGCAGUCAGGAUUUUAAAGUUUCUGGUGGCCAAGAGGAAGUUCAAGGAGACUCUACGUCCGUACGAUGUAAAGGACGUUAUAGAGCAAUAUUCAGCUGGACACCUGGACAUGCUUGGACGCAUCAAGAGCCUGCAAACACGGGUGGAUCAAAUAAUAGGACGAGGGGCUGUGCCAACAGACAAGAAGGCUCGCUCUGAAAAGGGAGAAAAGACACCUCCAGAGCUGGACCCCCUAGAUGAACUAAGCAUGAUGGGACGUGUAGUGAAAGUAGAGAAACAGGUGCAGUCCAUAGAGAACAAACUAGAUGCUCUGCUGAAUUUUUACUCACAGUGCCUGAAGAAAGGCUCCUCCCACUUCACUCUGUCCUCAUUGCUCGAUCCGGACCUCACCUCGGACUACCACAGCCCCACAGACCAAAAGGACCUGUUCCCCUCCGCCAAUACCCUCAACAUAUCCCAGUCCCAGAGUGGCAACCUGGAAUGACAGCGGCCUGCACAGAGUCUGUCGGGGCUCAACAAACAGACAGGACACAAACUGGGCACUGUCUGCUCCUCAUUUACAACACUCUGCAGUGAAUGGUGCUUCUGGUCUCCUCUAUAUCUUUACCUGAUCAUUUUCAGAUGAGAUGUGUUUCCAUCAGAGGCCACUAGAUGGAGCCUCAGCCAAAGCUCACUGCAUAUCCCUCUCUAAGAGACAAACGUGCACUAGGAGACAUAUAACUACUGACUCCCCACAUACUCCUCAUCACACUGCGCUCAUGUCCAGCUUCGACUGUAGAUAGGUAGACUGUAUCUUUUUUGUAAAUGUUUAGAGAAUAUAUGUCUUUUAUCACUGCUUUCUUGGCUGCUUAAAUCUAUGGACUCCUGAGAGUUUGCAAGUGCCAUGACAGUGUUAUUUUUUCUUCAGUAUUUUUGCCACUUACUUGAAUGGCAUUAAAACUUUAAUACUGUGAUGAAUGUAGUCAUAUCUUGAACAAAAUCACCCAUUAUAUAAUAUAAUGAAGCCGCAGGAGUUCUGUGGGACCUUGCCAAAGCGCUCCACCUCUGCGGCUCACUGCUCUACAGCCACACGAGGGCAGCAAUUUAAUAUUUUACAUAAAAAGAAUGAAAGGAAUGUCUUGUGGCUGCCUGUAUAAUUUACUUUUGUACGAACAAAUUUCAGCAAGCCCUAGUGCAAAAAAACAAAAACAAAAAACAAAACAAAACGUUAUUAUAAUCUUUGUCAACACUUAAUUAAUCCUCUGUACCUUUAAAAACAUUCUUGACAAUGUCUUUACAUCUGUCAGUGUUUUAAAGAUGUCUUCUAAACCUCUGUGUCUUGCAGCCCACCUCUGACAUGCAUGUUCCCCACUUACAAUCUGCUUUCAUUUCAGUUUGUUCUUCUGUGCUCUUCUCGAACGCAGCCUCAGGUCUACUUCACCAGCUGGUUCAGUCGACAAUAAUAACCUCUCCAUGACCUUUUCAUGACCUUGGAAAUGACUUUGAAACUUGUCUGACCUGAGCUGUACAGUUUUCAAAAAUAAUGAAAAACUUGAGGCAUUCAGGUAGCGCAUGAAGUCCUUGUAAAUGCACGUGUCUUAGGAAGUGGUCCACUCUGAAGCUGUUACUGAUGUCAGGCCUGUUUAAUCUGUUGCUGCUAUUGCUCUGUUACUUUCUGUUUGUGGGCAAAACUGGAGAUUACAAACAGCCAUACAACAAGACUCCUUUUCUUGAACAGCUUUGUUACUCAAAAAGUACAAUGGUUUGUUAUAUAUUUUAAUGUCAUUACUGUAACAGUGUUAGACUUAAUGAAAUAUACAUACAUUUAUAUGUUUUUCAUGAUUACUGUAGGAUUUAGGACAAUAUUCAGAUUUGUUCAAUAUAAAUGUAGCAUAAUGUCAAGUUAGCCCAAUGAACCUUUAUUUAACCAGGAAUGGCCAACUGAGAUCUCAUUUGCAAGCAUUACCUGACCAAGAGGUCAGUGGUCACUGAUACCAGGUUUCCAUUGUUACAAUGAACAUCAUUUUUUUAAAUCAAAUGCUGCCAGCUUUAAUAAAAGAAAAAAAUAGGUUACUACACAGUAUUUGGCCAUCUGGUCCUGUCAAGAAACUUGACUCAGGUACUGCAUUUCCAUUCAAGCCAAGCCUGAACCUUUUGAACAGUGAAUGUACUUUAUUUCUCCACCUGUAUGCUUUGUGGCAGUUUCUUUCACUUCUGUCCCAUUGAAAAACAUUAUUGAACAAAAUUAGAGGUAUCUACCUUAACUAGAGGCAUUAUUAUGAUAGAUUGCUAAAAUGUCAAAGAAUGUCACAUUUUGUAAAGAUGUAAGUGAGAGUUCAGUAUUGCAUGUGAUGAGGAAAAAGAAAAAGACUGAUGUCCAAUUCCCAACAUGAAACGAGAUAACCUGUGCCUUUAUUUACUCUUUACUUUUAUAAAAUCAGUGCUUCCUUAAUAUAACUUCCUAUACACUGUCCCACACAUUUGACUGGUUUGUAAGGUUGCAGCCUUUGAAAUCUUCUGAAAUAUUGUAUAUUUGUAUAUCAUAUGCGCAAUAAUGGGACACCCUAAUGCGUAUGUUGGAUUCAAAAUUGGAGGCAUGGACAAGUCUGCAGGCAUGUGUGUCCUUUCAUAAGCAUGCCACCUUGAAUUAGAACGGCUUCCACACAACUACCUCUGAGGCCACUAGUGGGCGCUAGUUUAGGGAUUUGAGAAACAGUGAUUGUCUAACUGACUGAAUGCUAUCUAUGCAUGACUCAAUCUGCACGUGCUCUUUGUCACUCUGUUGUCCAGAAGUCCACCAUCAAAACAAUGAUCAAUGACUUGCUGCCAUUCGACAUUCCAGCUCGUUGCCCUUUAACUGUCCAAGUGAAAGUCAUUUAAAAGCAAUAAACAAAACGCUAAAUGGAAGUCUUCCAAUUCCUGUUUAUGUAGCUACAGGUUGAUAAUAAUAGUGAUGAUGGCGCUUACUGAAGUUCUUAUGUUUUUGAUUUAUUGCACACGUCAAUUUGAUCUUCGAGACAAACAAAGAAUUGUAUCUGCUGAGAGAAAAUUAGCUCACUUGUCUAACUUAUUAAUUUAUUUGUUCAAUAAAGCUCUUUGGACUGUA